AUGCCAGCAGCACCCGUGGCGCCAGGUACAAAGCGACCGCGUGACAACAACAGCGAGACUGAGGGAGGGCGAGGAGCACCUCAGCCGUCCGCGUCGCCACACGCAGCCAUAAUAGAAAUAAUCCACGGCAUCACGCAGUCCGCGACAGAGGCAUACGAGAAGCGGUGUGAUGAGUUCGCGGUUGCCUGCCAAGACAUGGACACUUUGCUGAGUUCUCCGUCGUUCCGCCAGAAGGCGCUUCGCUUCAUGACUCCACGCACGGAUGGGGCCGAACUUGACGGCCCUGCGGAGGUAGGAGUCGUGCAGCUUGUAGCCAACGACGGCGAAACUCUUAUCUUCACAUCUGAGGCCGUUGCAUCCGUAAACGUCCCUGCCACUCUGGGACAACGCGUUUGCAUGGGAGACAUAGUGCUUUUUCAACGGCUCACAACUAAUGAUGAAGAGGGAAAAUGUUCAGCAGCAGCAGCACUGGAUUUCUUGGCCCUGGACCCGUCGGCGCUGCUGGAUGCCACAGACUGGUGCCAUGCCGCCUCGUGGAAUGUGGUGGUGGUGAUGAAAUGGGUGCAUAAACUCCUCUCAUGCCCCCCAGGACUCUCGCAACUGACGUGCAUUGUAGACUCUUUCAUGGGGGUCGCAAAUACAUCUACCCCCGCCACAGAUGCGUGGUCAAGAUCGCUGCAGCUCCCUCUUCUCCUGUGCCAGCUGAAAAGAGUAGGGGACGUGGAGAUAAGCAAGGUUCAGCAGGUGAAAAGGGUUAUUUUGUCUCUCCUCCGCCUUUAUGUGGCCAUAUUAGGGAAUGCGGAGGCUAUCAUGACCCUACCACGCGUGGUGGAAGAGCUGGUUUACCAAUUCAUGGAGUCGCCAUUGUUCGUGGACGGCCUUACGGUGGUGCUGCCGCAGAUGGCUGCUGCUGUUUCAGAGUCUACAUGGGCGAGCGUACAGCAGACGAUGCACGACGCCAUGCGGAUGGCGCUUCGAUAUGUGUGCAGAGAGGAGGUGGUGUUGGAGACAAGGAGACAACAUGAGCUGCAGCAGCGUGCUGAAGCUGCAGUGUUUACAGUCCUAAACCGCAUCUCCGCUUUCUGGCUGACACACACUACUGCAGCAACAACGGCAGUACCACAGGCUAGUGGUAACAGCCAUGCGGUGGUGCAGUUGGUGGAAGAGAUUGCUCGUACUGGUGUGUUCCGCCGCGUCACGCAGUGGAUGCGCCAUAGAGAGCGUACAGUAGGCGCUGCAAGCCUCGUCGACAAUGCUCAUAUGCCACCGAGCCUGCAGGACAUAUAUGACCUCCAUGGCUUACAGGAAACUACAGUAAAAGAAAUGAUGGCGGCAAUGACACAGAUAUACACGCCGUACCUUCGUCAGGAGACGCUGCGCUUUGUUGAGUUUGCGAUGCUUGCGGCGUAUGCCGAGUUGUACGGGCCGGCGUCACGUGCCACAGCCAAAUUGAUUGAAUCUGCCGCGAAUAUGUCAGUGGACGGAGUUGGGCAUCAACAGCAGAAGCAACUGCGCAUCAUGGAAGUGAUGCAGCCAGUUAUUCGACAGAAGCUCUCAGACUACACUUUGGAGGAGACUCAGCUACAUGCCUUAUUUGGGAUGCCGUUAUCGAUCAAGUUGCGCGUUACCGGUGGAAGGGAUGCCCUUUGCCCUCUGAGGGAAACGACAUCCACCUUUGCUUGCAUUGUACUCCUAUUAAAUGGCAAACCAUUUGUCUUCCCUGUCAUUGUGUGCGAUGUGGUGAAGGAUCAUGGUGAUGAUGAGGAUGAGGGAGAAGAUAAGUUUGUUGUCACGGCAACUGUCUACGUUCUCCGCGACAAGGACAUGCUGCCCUCGCUGGUAACGGCGGGCGCCGCUGCUUCCACCACUCACGACGGCCUACCAGAGGCAUGGCUGUGCUGCAGCGAUCGUCAUAAGAACUCGAGCAACAACGAAGAAGAUCACAUCAGUAGUCAAUUUCCACGCUUCUUUCCAAAGGGCACAUCCACCUUGUCGUAUGUGUUAUACAUCCUGCACCUUCAGACGACACGCGCUCAGUUGAGGCAUAACGAACAAAGUGGUGCGAAUGGUGCAGCGCGUUUCAAGAGUGGACAGAGUAAAGGUGGCGCGGCGCAGAGUGGUGUGCUCUGGUGGGGGGCAAGCUGCAGUGGAGGACCCUCUGAUUUCUUUGUGCAUUCCGCCCCACUGGCAGGAGAGGGUGAGGCCUUGCAGCAGUCGCUUUCCCAGCUCACCGAUGCCGCCUCUCUCACCGCCUCGCAGGUCGAGUGCCUUCAUACUCUGACGAGCACAGGACCUGGGGUGCGUGCUCUCCUCGGCACUGUCGGUAGCGGUAAGACAGCGUUGAUGCACGCAGCAAGCCUAUCGCGUGGCCGUGUACAGGAGGCUUUGCGGCGGCAGCACCAGCCGCUCUGGCACGCGCUGAUCAAGCACAGCUCGCAAGCACUCGCUACGCACGUUGGGGAGCUGGCGGUAACCGAAGGAAUAGAAGAUCUAUUCAGGGCCGCGGACGGCUCCACCGCGCGGGACUUGCCGGAGGAUGUCACCAACGCGGCGCUUGGGCAUAUUCACGAACACGUCCUCCUAAAUGAAAAGCUGCGACAGUGCCAGGCACCCAUGCUGCUGAGGCCGCGAGCGCUGAAUGAUGUGCCUCCGUCGCACACGCUUCGGGUGCUGCAGGAUGAUAGUGUUGCGCAGCACUAUCAUUCACUCGAGAGCAUCAUGGCUCAGAGUCACCAGCGGUCGUUGAACGCGCCACUCGUCUCCGUGCUGAGUGCAUCGCUGCAGGGCCUGAGACGACUGGGAGACUGCAUCAAUGUUAUGCGCCGGUCAACAGAGCGCGAAGACGCCUCCGAAGGCAGAGGAAGAGGAGGAGAUGAGUGGAGGCUGUACGUCAAGCUUUUGCCGUGGAUAAUGUCGAAAAAGGAGCGGCGUGACACAGUCACAGAAGCCAGACGACGGGGGAAGACAUGGGAGGCGUACCUCUCAGAGGAUGUGUGGAAUGUGGAAGCGGUGGUGAAGGGCAGCAGUGAUAUUGGUGCAGGCGAGGGGACAAUGUGGAAAAACGUGGAGCCUGCAGUAAGUUCAUUCGCUGCAGUCACGCUGCCGAAUGCAUCACGCAGUUUGUGUGCAUAUGAACGAUCCGAAGCUGCGGGGUGGAUGGCGGUAUUUGGGGAGAAACAGAGAGAUCUGCUUUAUUUUCUUCAGCAGGAGAUCAUGGAUGAGGUGCAGCAUGUCUUUUCCAUUUUUCUUGACGUGGUAAGGGCUGUGGCGGCGACUUCGCAAGUCUCGAAAGUGACGGUGGUGACAGCCACGGGACGGAUGCUGCUGCAAGGGCUUUCCUUCAUGCGUGUGUGGCAGCCACGGCAUCUCGUGGUGGAUGACUAUGAUCAACUUGGAGAUCCACUGUACGUCACACUAUCAGCGGCAACAUCGGUGGUUCUUUCGCAGCAAACGGAAUCUUCGAUGACACAUGAGCAGCAUGUCGCGUUUGCCCUGCUUAAAUCGCUGCAAAAGGAACUUCAAGGUACACCAUACUCUUCUACUGUGGUGCUUGCGGAAUCCCUUCGCUUCAAUAGUCCAGAGUAUCACAAGGCGGUGCAGUUGUGUCGCAAUAGCUCGCUUGCAUUCUAUACAGUUGCGACGCGAGGUGUGGCAAAUGCCAAUGGAGGUGGUAUUGCUAAUAAUCAUACUGCUGGUGACGGUGCUGGGGACGGUGAGCAGGUUACGCAUUCACGUGGAGCACUCACGGGGUUUUCGUCGCCGAGUUGUCUGGAGACUUGGACGCAUGCGGUGCCUCUGUCGGCAGGUCUUGCUGCAGACGGCGUCAGCACCGCCUUUGUGUGUGAUCGUAUUCGUCGUAUUGACCCGUCAUUGGUGGUGAAAGUUUACUGCAGCUGCGCGACAGACAGGGCAGCAAUCCUUGAGGGCAUGCCGCCAGCGACAGGGGUGGACUCAGAAACAAAUGGAGCGGUUUCUGUCUCUAUGCUGCCGUUCCUACCAGAUGUUUUUGUCGAGCGGGAUGAGGAAUGUGACAUAGCUGUGUUGUGUCUCUCUGGGUUCGCGCGGCGUCUGCGUCAUGUUGUUGGAGUGGAGCGACGGCAAGAGUGGGAACGACUGGCAGCGACACAGUCUUUUGUCGAACACAUGGAGUGGUGGCUCUGGCGAGUCCUUGCGUACGCUCGAUGUGGUGCUGUGCUGGUCGGCAGCAAGGAAGUCUUUCGCUUUAUCGAGCCGCUGCAACGCGUGGAGCGCUUUGUUCAGCAUGUACGCGAACAGCGUGGAUACUGGCUCCCCCCUGAAACACAAGGCACAGUGCUAGCCCUAAGUUGCCCGGACCAUGGGAACUGCCGCCAGCUCGCGCUGCUUACCUACGCCGAUUACUGUGGAUGCCAGGUACGUGUCAUUGGCGUGCAGAAGUGCCGCUCGCUCUGCUUGGCGCCGUACGAUGACUGUAAUAACCCCUCCCAUGCGUGCCUCCACGUCUGCCACAUGAUGUGCACAGAGAGGGAAGGUGGAGAGGAGGGCGCGGCCCCCUCGCACAGCCACUGUCCAUUUCCCUGCACCAAGGUGCAGUUGUGCGGUCAUAUGUGCACGCGGCAGUGCGGGGAGCCGUGUCCGCCGUGCGAGUUCGUCGGACUACAGGAACUGGCGUGCGGGCAGCGCGUGGUCGCCGGCAUGUCGGACACCGGCCCAACGCUGACGCUGGUGCGGCACUUCCAGGAGGUGCGCUGCGGGGAGGCGCCACAGCCGUGCGAAGCGCAUGUGACACUUCGCUGCACGCGGUGUGGGGGAAAAAAGCCGAUGCUCUGCCGCGAAGUGACAGCGCGCGGUGGGAUGGAGCACGCCACAAUGACGGAGCUCGAGUGCGCGGGUUGUAUCGCGCUGUACAACCGUAUCGCGAAGGAGGCCGGUGUCGCGGAAAUAGCAGCACUAGCAACAUCAGCAGCACCUGAUGGAUCUGCAACGGGCGAUCUCCCCCUGCAGGAUCUUCCAGAGGCGGCGCGGGUGAAGUUACAAAAGCUGCAAAGCAUCGCCACGAAGAAGGCGCAAUUGAUGCUGCAGAAAGAAGCACUGGAGACGACACAAGGAAGGCAGACGUCUGAGUUCUACCAGCAGCAGGAAGUGUACAACCGUAGGCGGAAGCAACAAGAAGAAGAGGUGCUUGCACACCAAAAGCGUGUUCAAGAGAGCAUUCAUGCGUGGGCAAAGACGCUGAAGGAGAAGUAUGAGGUGCAGAUUACGGUGAACGAAGAGAUGGAGACGGAAGUGCCGCUGAUGAUCAGCGAGGCCGCUGCUGAGGAGGAGAGGCAGCGGUCGUACCUCUUCGUGUAG